UUUGCCGGCCAAGUCUGGAAGGCACUCGGGGGCUGCAGGCUGCAAGUGGUGCGCGCGCCGGUGAUUAAGGCCGUGCGCGGCGGGGGCACCAUGCCGGGGAUGGUGCUCUUCGGCCGUCGCUGGGCCAUCGCCAGCGACGACUUGGUUUUCCCUGGGUCCUUCGAGCUGUUCCUGAGAGUGCUGUGGUGGAUUGGUAGCCUGACUUUGUAUCUCCUGCACCGAAGGAAGCUGGGCUGUGCUGGUGGGGUCCUGCUUAGUACCUACCUGAUUGUUCUCCUCCUUCUCCUGGCCAUCAUUAUUGGUGUGGUAUCGGCCAUCGUGUAUGUCAGCAUGAAAGGUAACGCCUCUUGGGUCAUCAUCGCUGCCACCGUGGUCACCAUUGUCAUCGUCUUUGACCCCCUGGGGGGAAACAUGGCUCCAUAUUCCUCCUCUGGACCUGACCACCUGGAUAGCAAUGACUCAAGCCAGUUCUUUAAUGGCCUCAAGACUGCAGCCAAGAGCGUGUGGGAGACGAGGAUCAAGUUCAUGUGCUGUUGCGUUGGCAAAGACGACCACACUCGAGUGGCGUUUUCGAGUACGGCAGAGCUUUUCUCAACCUACUUUUCAGACACAGACCUGGUACCCAGCGACAUCGCAGCAGGCCUUGCUCUUCUCCAUCAGCAGCAGGAUAACAUUAGCAGCCUCCAGGAGCCGCAGGAAGAGAUUGGCCCCACCCCGGGGCUCUCCCAGGAAGCAGAUUUGGAUGCAGAGCUUGAAAACUGCCAUCACUAUAUGCGGUUUGCAGCCGCUGCCUAUGGCUGGCCCCUCUACAUCUACCGAAACCCGUUCACAGGGCUUUGCACAAUUGGCGGAGACUGUUACAGAAGCAGAACGGCAGAGUAUGACUUGGUUGGAGGAGAUCAGCUCAACUGCCAUUUUGGCUCCAUCCUGCAGACUACAGGGCUGCAGUACCGAGACUUCAUUCAUGUCAGCUUCCACGACAAGGUGUAUGAGCUGCCCUUCCUGGUGGCUCUGGAUCACAGGAAGGAGUGUGUCGUGGUGGCCGUGAGGGGGACCAUGUCUCUCCAGGACAUCCUUACCGAUCUGUCUGCAGAGAGUGAGACCCUCGACCUGGGAAUGGACCUGCAGGACUGUGUGGCCCACAAGGGGAUUUCGCAGGCUGCCAAGUACAUUUACAGACGGCUUGUCCACGAUGGGAUUCUGAGCCAGGCAUUCAGCGUUGCUCCUGAAUACCGGCUGGUUGUCGUGGGGCACAGCCUGGGGGCGGGGGCUGCUGCCCUACUGGCCAUCAUGCUGAGGGGUUCCUAUCCCCAAGUCCGGGCCUAUGCCUUCUCACCACCCAGAGGGCUACUGAGUAAGUCCCUCUAUGAAUACUCCCAGGACUUCAUUGUGUCACUCAUCCUAGGAAAGGAUGUGAUCCCCAGGCUUAGUGUGUCCAACAUGGAAGAUUUGAAGAAGAGAAUCUUGCGAGUGAUUGCUCACUGUAAUAAGCCAAAGUACAAGAUCCUGCUGCACGGCUGCUGGUACGAGCUGUUUGGAGGGAGCAGUUCUAAUUGUGCAACCGAGCUGGAUGGGGGAAGCCAGGGUGCACUGACACAGCCCCUUCUGGGGGAGCAGAGUCUGUUGGCGCGCUCUUCCUCAGCCUACAGCUUCUCCAGCGACUCCCCCCUGGACUCUUCCCCCAAGUACCCACCUCUGUACCCUCCUGGCAGGAUCAUCCACCUGGAAGAAGAGGGUGCCACAGGGAGGUUUGGCUGCUGUUCUGCAGCUCAGUACAGGGCGAGGUGGGCCCAUGAAUCAGCAUUUGGCAAAAUUCUCAUCGGCCCCAAGAUGCUGACAGACCACAUGCCCGACAUCCUGAUGAAGGCCCUGGCCAGCGUGGUGGCUGACAGGGGAGUCUGCCUCUCCUGUCCCAGCCAAGGAGGCUCAGAUGCAGACAUGGUGUGACCAGGCCUGUGGCACAGGGCUAACCCCCGCACCUGUUCUCAGGCUGACUUAAGGUGUGAGGAACUUCUAUGAGGCCAUCAGCAGGACUUCAGGGCUUUCAAAUGACCGAGCAACGUAUAGGAACUAAGUUUUCAUAGUAUUAACAGGCUCAGGAGUUGGGAGUGCACAGGCAGCUCCUGAGCCCGCACCAUGCAGGAAGCCCUCCCACCCCCUUGGUCCAUCUGCGAACUGCCUUAGAAGCGGGGGGAUCCAACGGCGUUUGAAGACCCUCGGUGGAUCUGUUGCCUCUCCCCUCAGGGUGUUGUCCUCAAUCUAUUUGGACAAGUCUGAACUUGGAUGAAAGAUGUGCACUAUUUUUUUAACCAGGCCCUCCCCUGAUUGAGGGUGUUAAGGGCAGCCCUGAGCUCCAGCCUGGAAUGAAGAAUGGAGGCAAGGAGAGCUCAGCUCUGCCCCCUCCCCACCCCCUCCCCCCAAGGCAGGAGAUGAUCCUAUGGGAGCUGAUCACCUCAUCCUCAUGCAUUAUUCUGGGCUGGAGGCCUGUCUGGCUCAGGGACAGCUAUAGACUUUAAUAAAGCACUUGCCCAUCAUUACAUCUAUCCAGUGUUCCCAGCAAGGCCUACUGGGUAGUUUCUACAUUCAUGUUUGAAGUAGGGUCUGUCUACUAUAAACAAAAAUGAAACAUCUAAGUUUUCCUGGUGUUCUGGCUACAGACAGCACAAGUACUGGAUUUCACCCACCAAAAGCCCAAUGACAAAGAUGUCUCUUAGAAGCUUAGACUUGUCCAUCAGAAUGGGGAAAGGAUGAGCAGUAGCAUGUCAGGGAGACACAGGAAUGAGUCCCACAGGGGUGAGGGUGGAACGAGGUAAGAUUGCCGAGGCUGUGAGUGGAGCUGAGGAAAGGGGAAGGCCUCCCUGGCUCCUCCCAUUGAGCUCCAGGACCUCUGGGGCCCAAACAGCUUUGAGAAACCUUCAAAGGGAAACCAUGUGGUAUCACAUGCCUAUAGUCCGGGGAUACUCAGGAGGCAGAAGCGGAUGGAAUGUUCUGGUUAGCCUGAAUUACAUGGUAAGAUCAUCUCCAACAACAACAAAACCCAAAAUAAACCUUAAAAGACUUAAAAACCUGUAGGAGGCUUUUUUCAAAGCUCUGUUGGAAUGCUCACAGCAGAAUGCUACAAGGAUCCCUCCAGUUCCUGCGCUUCCAGGGAUGCGGGGGCGGGAGGGGUGUAAGGGGGGGCUGUGCACCUGCAUCACCAAGACCACCCCCCAGUGUGUAGUGUGUUCCACCUCCAACCAGAGCACAAGACUGACAGUGACAAGUGACCAGAAGCUCCAAGUGAUCCCGUUGCCGUGAGGACAGAGAUCCGACCCCAGGAGGCGAAGAACUGAAACCAUGAGGUCAGCAAGCAUCACAGAAGUCAGAAAGUGGAGACAAUGCACUUCCAGAUGGAAGGACCACGGAUAGCUGGACAUCAACUUGAUGACAUGGAAGUUUAUGAAGGAAGCAGUCAGCAAACCCUGAUAUCUUGGAAAUUGCUAAGCAAGACAGUGGAAGAACUAGCUUCAGAAAUCUGAAGCAAGAUUGGAGGAUCGUGGCUCAAGGCCAGUCAAGGUAUAAUUAAAGGCCUCCAUCUCAAACCAGCUGGGUAUUAGUAGAGCAUACCUGUAAUCUCAGCCAGCAGAUGUGUAGGCACUAGGAUGGUUGUGGUCUGAAGCUACACCCAGCAAAAAAGUACAAGUCCCUCUAAUCAGUAAACUCAAGCAAAAAUGGCUUAGGACAUGGCUCAAGUAGCAGAAUCCUUGCUGAGCCCCUAAGUUCAAACCCUAGUACCACUACAAAGAAAUCUGAAAGGAUUACCAACCUGGAAAUUUAGACCCCACCUAAGAGCAGAAUGGCUCUUGUCAAAGAUCCCAGAACUCAAAAAUACUUCCAUUACACUUUCCAGAAGGCUACUCAUUGAGAAAGAUAAAAUAUGGGAAUCUGUAUGUAAGAAACAGAAGGUUAACAUACAAGAAAGAUGUGGUCAUGUGACCAAGACUUAGGAAGAUCAAAACAUACCUCUUAAGAUUCAUUCAUUUAUUUAGUCAAUCAUGGGGCCUGAACUCUGGUCCUGG